AUGGUCCCCAGACCCUACGUAGAAACCGACUUCAGAGCCAUUCGGACUACCCAACCCCUGGCACAUCGACUCGUCAUCUCUAACCUUCCUGCUACUUCUGAUAACAUCGCAAAACUGACGGCGGAAGGGACCAUUGAACACCUACUUGUCCAAGCCGGCAUUAGCGUCAAUGAGCAGCCAGUUUUCUUUCAGUCGCACGAAGUCCUUAACCUCACCGGGCUGUCGGACCCUCCCCAAUCAAGAUACAAGGCCCUAAACACGGAUUAUUUUGAGAUCAUCGGGCCCAAGGACGAAAUUGAAUUCACCAGCAAGAUCCUCAGUUUUCUGAAUAACGACAGCAAGCCGUACUGUGAGUGGAACAAAAGAACGCCGACCCUCUCCUGUUCACUACAACAGCCUCUGACAGCCCAGACUUCCAAACGUCCAGACCCUUCCUCGUUCGAAUCCGAGCUAGUCGACGAAAACAAUCACCGUUGGCCUCUUCUUUUCGCUCAUUUCACCGACGUGAAGGAGAACGACGAAGUACGAUGGGUCCGUCUAGCUUUUGAUUCCGUAAAGCAUUCCGGCAAGGAGAGCUACGACACCAUCGAGCGAGCCCCGGAAGAAGCAAUUCGAAAGGCGAUAAAAGCGCAUUUGGACAAACACUUCGAAGACAUGAAGAACGUCCCCGCCGAGUCGUGCAUUUCGGUCACCAACGAUUCAGGUACACGCGGCGAUCAAUGCAAGGUCCUGGUCGCGGUUCGUAUGGCGAGUGCUUUUAUGGUGGACAAGAUCACAGCCACGAAGGACCGGUCUACCCUCAGUGCAAAGGUCAACAUCCCAAUGCGACCCACGUCUCGUUUGACGCCACAAGUGACUACGGAACCACUGCUGGUCGAACAAACCAUCACCGGGGUUUGA